CAUGGCCUUCAGGUCCAUAGCCCUCCACUCCAAACUCUUCUAACACAACUCAUUUCAUGAAGAUGAAUGCCUCUCCUUCUGUCUUCUUCUCUCUGAUUGCUGGCCUGGUAGUUCUUGGAACUCUUCCAGUCUCCUCGGAGGCAGCUCGUGCCUUCUUUGUUUUUGGAGAUUCUCUUGUUGACAACGGCAACAACAACUAUCUAGCAACCACAGCUCGAGCCGAUCGACCUCCUUAUGGCAUUGACUACCCAACUCACCAAGCAACCGGCCGCUUCUCCAAUGGGCUCAACCUCCCUGACAUAAUAAGUGAAAAUCUUGGAGCUGAACCCACAUUGCCAUACUUGAGCCCUGAGCUCCGAGGAGAAAAGCUACUUGUGGGUGCCAACUUUGCAUCAGCAGGCAUCGGUAUUCUCAACGAUACUGGAAUCCAAUUUGUGAACAUAAUUAGGAUACGGAAGCAAGUGCAAUACUUCCAGCAGUACCAACAAAGAUUGAGCUCCCUGAUAGGUUCAGCACAAGCACGGCGUCUUGUGAACCAAGCGCUCGUUCUGAUUACCCUGGGGGGCAACGAUUUCGUUAACAACUACUACUUGGUGCCUUAUUCUGCAAGAUCUAGAGAGUUCUCCUUGCCUGAUUACGUUACCUAUUUGAUCUCCGAAUACAAGCAGAUACUUGCAAGCCUGUAUGAAUUGGGAGCCCGUCGGGUCCUGGUCACUGGGACGGGGCCCCUUGGUUGCGUCCCAGCAGAGCUUGCAUUGAGGAGCACUACUGGCCGAUGCGACCCUGAGCUUAAUCGAGCCUCGGACCUCUUCAAUCCCCAGCUGAUCCAGGCACUGACGGAGAUCAACAGCCAGAUUGGCUCGGACGUUUUCGUCGCAGUGAAUUCCCGCAAGAUGCACUCGGACUUCAUAUCCAACCCACAAGCAUACGGUUUUGCUACAUCAAAGAUCGCAUGCUGCGGUCAAGGACCUUAUAACGGCAUCGGACUCUGCACACCCUUGUCCAGUGUGUGCCCGAACCGGAACCUCUAUGCAUUCUGGGACCAAUACCAUCCAACGGAGAAAGCCAACCGGAUCAUUGUAAGCCAGUUCAUGACUGGAUCAACCGAGUACAUGAACCCCAUGAACUUGAGCACCAUCCUGGCCAUGGAUGCACGAUCCUAAGCCGGGGUGAGCUUGCAUGCUGCCAUCUUCUUGCCUUUCCAGCAAAUUUCUACGUCCAGGGUAAUUAAGAUUUCGUCUACAAGUGUCAUAUGUGAGUGGGAGUUUCAGGGUCAUGUACAUGCUGGUUAGAAUUUCAUAAUGUUUGUAAUUGAAUUUAUAAAAACGCCUAUGUUGCGUUUGUUCUCCUACAUAACUAGGAAUGAUCGGUGUAUUGUAAUUUCAGGGGGCUCGCGAAAGCCUCUGAUGUCUCUAGUCGGUUAAGAGUUUUGUAUUCGGUUUUCGGAUAUGAAAAUGAUCUUCAAUGU